UCUCUCCAUUACACUCUCAGCUUCUCAAACUCCCCAACAAUGAAGACGCUGGUCACUCUGAUGCUCGUCUACAUGCUUUUCUCAGAAGCUUUACAGGGUUCUGCAGCUCUGAGGUGCUACCAAUGUGACAGCCUGCCAUGUAAUCCUAGACCUGUGGUGUGUUCGCCGCAUGAAGAUCGCUGCAUGCACAUCGGACAUAUGCGUUCAACGUUUUCCAUGAAAGUGUGUGGAACCCAGGCUGCCUGUGAUUCAGCAGGGAGAACGGCAACAUGUUGUGACACUGAUCUGUGUAACAAAGAUUUACCGGCUGCUAAAUUGCUGAAGUGCUACCAGUGUCUGGGGCUGACAUGUGUUGAUCAACUUGUGGAGUGUACAGUUUUAGAAGAUCGCUGCUUUUCUGCGACCCCAUUUGUUUUAAUGGGCCACAGACAUACGGCAAAAGGAUGUACGAACAAGGCUAAGUGUUACGAACAAAGCGAUGCGAUGACGUGCUGUGACACUGAUCGGUGUAACGGUGAUCAAAGUGUUAAGCUGAGGCGCUCAGUCCCAAGUGAGAAUUCUGCUUACGAUUUACAGACUCCUAGAUUAGCCAGUGGAAGAGAAACCGACAGUGAGGAGGACGAGAGGUCCAGUGGCCGAGACUAAAUUUAUUGUACUGAAUCAUACUGUAAAGGGAUGUUCUUUCAAGACUUGGUGUGAGGCAACCGAAACAGAUGCAGUGUGCUGUGAGUGGAACCUGUGUAAUGGUUAAGCUGAGGCUCUUCAUCAUGCUGGCUCCUCUGAUCUCCUCCAUCCUCUUCAUCUGAUCUCUCUGCUGCUCCUCUCUCAGUGAUUCAUCUCUUACUAGAGGAACAGAAAUAUUGUAAAUAUAGUGUCUGGAAUAAUUAGAUAGUUUUCCUACAUUUAAUUUCUCAGCUGUACUUUCAGAUCAAAUAUGAUGAAUGUUAUAGAUUAGAAUAGAUUGUACUGUAACAUCUGUAACAUCUGUGUAUCAAUAAAUGUGAUGACCACAAGCAAGA